CUUCUUGCCCGUACCACAGCGAUCAAGACUUGUGGCAACAGUAAUAUAGGCAUCAUUAAAAAAGGGCCCUGUGGAUACUACACUGCACCCAGUGCCUACUGCUACAAAACCAAUGUGUCUUUUACAGAUGUAUACGUGGUCUAUCCUCCAUUUGGGAACAGUACCAUGACAUACAGUGAAGCUAUGCAACAGUGUUUAUCCCUUGGUGAUAGCUUGGCAUCAAAGAAACAACUGAGUAGUACAUCCACACCCAUCCCUGACGGCAUACCUGCGUGGAGCAAAGACAAGGACGUGGUUCAGUUCUCCAGUGGAAAGCUGACAGUUACUCCAUGUGUCAACAAACCCAGCCAGCUUGCUUCAGCCUACUGCUUCAACCCAAAUAUCACAGACUUUAUUCCAGUAAUCAAGGAUGACAAAUUGUGGCUCAAGAUUGCCAUAGUUUGCAUUAUCUCCUCUAUAUUUAUCAUCUUACUCAUGGCUGUCACCUUCAUGAAAGGGAAUAAGUGCAUCUGCUGUGUCAAACGUAAAAAGCCAGCGGAAGACUCUACCCUACAGAGAGGCCAAGGCUUUGACACAGUCAGAGGACUGCAUCGUGAUAGGAUUCCAUCAUACCAGAUCAGUGGCGCAAGAACCAAGCCACCUGUAUUGAGUAAGGCCUUAAACACUGGCUACAGCUCUCAUUACUCUAACCAUGGCUUUGAAUCCACACCCAAGGCCAGUAAGCAGAACUUUGCCAAAACUUAUGUGGACCAUGACCGUUAUGAGUACAGCAAUGCUGCCUUUGAUAAUACUUAUUAAGACAUCAAAUCUGACUUGACUCCGCGGUUAAGCAGUGAUGACUGACACAAAUCAGCGACCUCUGGAAUUGAAUGGACUUCCCCCCACUGUAUUUUUUUUUUAAUGUGUUCUACAUAAAAAAAUAGUCAAAAUGAUUUUUUUUAGUUUGUUUUAGUAUUUCAAAAAAUUAUUUUAGUAUUUUAAACCCUCUUGAUUAAAUCUGAAAAAUGGUGCUGCUGUUCUUAUAGCAGCCAAGUAAUAAAUAACAAAAAAAUAUGAUUACUACAGACUUUGUGCAUUAAAUAAAUAAAUAAAUAAAUAAAUAAAUAAAUAAAA